AUGUAUGAUAAUUACGAUCACGCCGACGAUCAGUUAAUCUAUGUACCUGAAAAUAUUUUACAACAUAACGAUCGUAGUGUAGAGUAUAUGCGACUGGAAGAGGAGUACAAUUCUCUUAACGAACAGUGCCAAUGUAAGAAUAUUUGUACCCAAGUGACAUGUAAAUGCAUUCAAAGAUCUGGUGGUUACAAUUACGAAGCUUACCAGAAAGAUGGUAAAACUAAGUACAGACUUAUAUCAAAAUCAGAAUCAUACCCAGUUGUGGAGUGCAGUAAUGAUUGCUCUUGUGCUGUGGAACUGCGGCCUCUCUGUGGUAAUAGAAUUGUACACCUCGGCCCAAUCGAAGGUCUAGAUAUACGAAGCUGUGAUAAAGGUUUCGGACUGUUUACCAGAUCUUUCAUAAGUUCUGGAACUUUUGUAUGUGAAUAUGCUGGGGAAAUAUUAACUGCCACAGAAGCUUCUAAAAGGCAUAUUAUAAAUAAGAGGGAGGGCAAAAUGAAUUAUAUUAUGUGUCUAAGGGAAUAUUCUGGCAGUAGUACUAUAGUCACUAUUAUUGAUCCAAGUACAUUUGGUAACAUUGGGAGAUAUGUAAAUCAUAGUUGUGACCCUAACUGUCAUAUUGUGCCGGUUAGAAGUGGGAGCCCUAUACCAAAGCUUUGCUUAUUUGCUUGUAAAGAUAUAUCUCCAGAUGAGGAAAUAACAUUCCACUUUGGGUUAGAUGAUGAGACAGUGAAUGAGAGUGACAGAAUUAAAUGUUUAUGUGGAGCACAGAAUUGUCGUGGGUUUAUACCUUACCAUAAAUAUUAA